AUGCCUCCCCUCAACCUCCUGGGGGACAGGGUGAGGCUGGUGAGGUUCAGAGGCUGCGUGGGCACCUCCGAUGGGGCGGCCGCCCUCGCGUCGGUGGCCCGUGACGCUGACCUCCACAUCCGCAUGGCGGCGCCCGUGGAACUCAGCGCCCUCGGGAGGACAGUCUGGCGCCUCGAGGUGUACACGCGCCCCUUCCCGCCCCCUGGCCCCUCCUCCCCCACGUGGCCGCUGCCUUCCUCCUCCCUCCCGCCAUAUCUGUACGUGGAGGGGGCGGAUGAGGGGUGCUGGAGGGCCGUGGCCCACACCAUCACCUCCCUUGCCCCCCCUUGCAAGACGUUCGUUAGGCUGUUGCUGCCUGACUGCAGGCUGCGGGGCGCGGAGCUGCCGCCGCUGCUGCAGAAGCUGAGAGACGAGGGCAUCAGGACGGACGGCUGGGGCGACACGCGCGCCGAGGUUGACGAGAAGGAAGGAGGUGUUGUCCUCUUCAUCACGGACAGCGUGCCCCAGGGGGGACCAGCGGUGCCUAGUGACUGCGCCCUGGAGUCGCUAAAGCGACACCAGCGCCUACAGCGACUCCCGCUUCUAACGCGACUUCUGGGCUUCUACGGCGUCUCGAGUCGCUUCGAGGUACGAAGCUCGGAUGAAGAGCACUCCGAUGAAGAGCACUCGGGAGAAGAGCACUCCGAUGAAGAGCACUCGGACGAGUAACAGUAGGACGAGGAACACACGGACGAAGAGCACUAGGACGAGGAACACUAGGACGAGGAACACUAGGACGAGGAACACUAGGACGAGGAACACUAGGACGAGGAACACUCGGACGAGUAACAGUAGGACGAGGAACACUAGGACGAGGAACACUAGGACGAGGAACACUAGGACGAGGAACACUCGGACGAGUAACAGUAGGACGAGGAACACUCGGACGAGGAACACUAGGACGAGGAACAUUAAACGGCGAAAAAAGGAGGUACUGUAGAAGUUUAUCUCCUUAUUCAGUAUGCAUGCGACGACAUCGAGAGGCAUAUCAUUCGAUUCGUAAAGGCCGUAUCUAAAGUCCAUCUGAUCAUUUUUGCAAUUUCGAAUUUGUUUGGGAAGGAGGGAGGAUAUUCCAAGAUCGUCCCUAAAAUUUCAAAUUUUCCUAUAACAAUUAAUUUCUAUUAACAAUA